AUAUUCACGGAACAUUUGGGAGAGAAAACGUUGAAAAUUCUGGCGGUUUUGAUUCAAACUCGUAGCCAUUUUUGUCGGUGUACCAACGUUAAAUGUGGUUAAUUAAAUUGGGUUGAAGCGUUAUUUGUGAGACGCAGAUUGUCGCAUGGAACAUUUCAGUGUUUGUUUAGCGAUUAAUCUGUAUAAAUUUUGGGCAGAGUAUUAUUUUUUUCUUGUUUGGCAGUGUUCUUGGAACGAUUUAGUGACAUUGUUUGAUGGUUGGCAGUAAUGACAUUCGAGCACCUUUAUUUUGUCGAUUGGACUGUAUUUUGUUGAAAAUCUUGUUAAAAUCAAGCGGUUUGAAAUUGAAUUUUAGUAUGUUUUUGUGGAAAAGUGGUGACCAAGUUGGUUAAAAUCGUUUUGAGUUGAGUGAAAAUCGGUUGGAAGUUCGUUGUUGGACGGUUCGGUGGACAGUAGUGAAGGAAAUCACCACCGAGGUUGUGGUGCGGUCAUCCAGCAAAAGCAAUAUAAACAAAGGGUUGAUAAGGCUCUUUAUUAAUGAUUUUCCGUGCACAGGCCCGAAUUUAAGUUUUUCAGCUUCCUGAAAGCUCAACUUGGUGUAAUGCUCCUGUCUUAACAUAUGGCACAAUGAAAAUAGACAGGUCACGGGUGCGGAAAAGCACUUCUGAUGUUCCUAUCGAGUGCCAACAGCUUAUCGAGAGGCUCCAGGCAUGUUCCCGGACAGAACUUCUGGAAGAACUGUCCAAAAUCAACACCUGGACGUUCGGGAAAUGCGAGCUGCUGCACUGGGCCUUAGUUCUUGACGUUUUCGAUAAAAUAUUGGGAGAGGCGGGACGGAAAUCCUUUGAAAACAAGUGGGCUCUGAAAUGUGAUACUCAUUACAAUAGCACAGAAAAGAAAUUGUUACUAUGGAUCUUACACUUUACCACGCUUUUGAUAGAACAUUCGUUUUCCCGACAUUUGUACAAUUCAUUGGAACACCUCUUGGUUCUCCUGGAAUCCAACGACAUGUCUGUGGUUCUGGGCGUUCUAAACCUAUUGUACAUGUUCUCCAAACGUAGCAAUUUUAUUUCACGGUUGUCACCCGAUAAGAAAAAUUCCUUGCUCUCGCGGCUCCAUCAUUUGGCAGAGAAUUGGGGCGGCAAGGAGAACGGGUUCGGUCUUGCUGACUGUUGCAGAGCUGAUGAGACCUUGCCUUUUUCCGCGACGACUGUGCAUGUAGAGUUUCAUAGGGAAAGUGAUGAUCCUAAAGAAGCCCCAUCGAAAAAUAGCAAAAAUUCUCCACAUAUUAUUCACAUUGAACAUGUAGACAAAAUUCAUAGAACUCCUGCCGAAAUUAUGAAGUCGUUACUGGGAAUUUACUAUGUGCCUCCUGAUAAACAAAUGUGGUUGUUCACGCGUGUUCGCUUGGCUUACCACUUCGCCGAUUACAAUAACCGUCUCCUGUGUGUGCAAGCUCGACUGCAGGCCCUUUCUGUGCUUGUAUACUCUAAUGCAAUUCAAGACUCUCCUCAUAAUCUGCUCUACAAUGGCCUUCUCGAAGAAUUGGUAGAGCUGGUUGAAAUGAAGGACCCUCAUUUGGUUGAAAUUCGCUCUGCGGCGCUUAGGACGCUAACAGCUAUCAUACACUUAGAUAGAAAUCCCCAUAUUCCAAAAAAACCCGGUUCUAGACUUAAUAAUAUAAUUGACGUCACAGGUGCUAGUCAGUACCAUGGAUUUUUGCCUCUCUUAGUUAGGAAUUGUAUUAUAACUCUUACAAAUCAAAGCAGUGAGAAUCAAAGUAAAAAAGACGACACCGAAAUCAUUGAUGUUGAUUGCGAUGAAGCAAAAGUGAUGGAAAACAGUGAUGUUACAAUGAGUCCACAGCAAAUUGCCGAUCCUAACGCUAAAUUCCCGCUGUCUUUAGCAACUGCUCUGUUUUCAUUUCUGUAUCAUUUAGCGAGUUACGAAGCAGGAGGCGAAGCUUUGGUUUCUUGCGGAAUGAUGGAAUCGCUUCUACAAGUCAUCAACUGGCAUGGAGUUGAGUUGGAACACAUUACUUUUGUUACUCGAGCCGUUAGGGUCAUUGACCUCAUUACCAACAUCGACAUGCAAGCUUUCCAAACUCAUGGAGGGCUGCAGAGCUUCAUUAAUAGACUUGAUGUUGAAGUAAAGUUGUGCAAAGCCGAACAACUCUACGAAAUAAAAACUACAGUGACUGAUCAAACUUUUCUCGAGGAAGGCGCAGCUGGCCCCUCGACUGAAGCUCCGGAAAAUUCGAGCGAGCCUACUAAGCUAGUCGAUCUUGAGUACCACUCUGAAAACGUCGGAAAAACCUGUCUACCCCAAAGAGCAGCUCUGUUAAAAUCAAUGCUUAACUUUUUGAAGAAAGCAUUACAAGAUUCGACCUUCUCGGAUAAUAUCCGACAUUUAAUGGAAGGAACUUUGCCAAAUUCCCUGAAAAAUAUUAUCGCAAAUGCGGAAUAUUACGGCCCGUCUUUGUUUCUUCUAGCCACCGAUGUUGUCACUGUUUAUGUUUACCAAGAACCGUCGCUGUUGUCCGCCCUUCAGGAUAACGGCUUAAUUGAAGUCGUUUUGCAUUCGUUGUUGGUGAAGGAAAUUCCGGCGACUCGUGAAGUCCUUGGAUCGCUACCCAACGUCUUCAGUGCUUUGUGUUUGAAUAACCGCGGAUUGCAACAGUUUAUUAAAAUGAAACCAUUCGAAAAAACCUUCAGCGUUUUACUCUCACCGGAUUAUUUACCAGCAAUGAGACGGAGGCGAAGCUCGGAACCGAUGGCCGACACCGCUUGUAACUUAGGAAAUGCAAUGGACGAGUUAAUGCGACACCAGCCAAGCCUCAAAAGCGACGCAAUUAAAGCAAUUAUUGAUCUGCUCGAGGAGUUGGUCAACUUGGGAACAGACCCGAAGUACAUUUGUUGGAAACCACACAGCAAGUCCGAAGUCUCGCCCUCUAGCAGUACACGGUCUGCCACCAACACUGAAGGGUCGUCUGAUGAAGAAGACGAAGAUGAAGAGGAGGCUUCAACUUCGUCCCAGAACGCCCAAAACGACGCUCAAGUCCAGCAGGAAAACAGCGAACGAACUCCAAUAGCCCUCAUUGACUAUAUUCUAAACACAAUGAAAUUUAUUGACGCUAUUCUUAGCAACAAUUCCACUGACGAUCACUGUCGCGAAUUCGUCCAACAAGGCGGUCUCCGCCCGCUUUUAAAAAUCCUUGGUUUACCAAACCUACCAGUAAAUUGCCCCGUCACUAAUCCAGCUCAAGCUGUUGCAACCGUCUGCAAGAGCAUCCUAAAUCUCGCACAUGAAACGAAUUUAUUCAAAGAGGGUUUAGCUCAACUAAGCGAAGUCCUUGAAGUAUUGAAGCCAAUGUAUACGAAGUUGGAUGUCCCAAGCGGACCCAAACUCUUACUCGAGCUAGCCGGCGCGUCAAAUGUCGAAAACGCGUUUAAUAACGCUAGCGUGACCCCUUUGUUGCACGCAAUGGGCGCCGCACACGGCUACAUCAUCAUGCUGGUGCACGUUUGUCGGACUGGUCAGAGCGAAAUCCGAAAUUUGUCACUCCAGAAUUGGGGUUCGGAGGAAGGGCUUAGGGUUAUUAAAGGACUAGCCGACUUGUACACGUCUUUGGUGUGGGAAAGCACCCUUCUGUUGGCGUAUUGUAGCGAAGAGUUCAUCCCGUCUGACUUUACAAGAGAGGAUAUCGAAAAACUGAACGCUUUCUUUGACAAGUGUGAAAGUAGCAACACGGGAAGUGACAGCACCGUGAACGUGGCUUCAGCCAUGGAAGCCUUGACCACUAACCCACCUUCAAUAGAAAUGGACGUGGACCAGGAAGGAAUAACACUGAAUUUAAGCACAAGCUUGAAAUACAUCAAACCUUUGCUUGGCGCAUCCUCACGACUUGGCCGAGCUUUGGCCGAACUGUUCGGACUUCUUGUAAAAUUGUGCGUCGGUUCGCCGAUUCGCCAAAGACGGGGUCAGAACAUAAUCGCGGCGCCCCCGUUACCCACACCGUACGCACGCAGCGUCGCCACAGCUCUGAAUGUCUUAUUGGCCGAUGGCUUAGACUACGAGAGGCUCCCAGCGUGUCCCUUAAUUAAAUCAAGGAUCACGUUCUUGAUUUGCAGUGUUGGGUUCACGAGCCCAAUGCUGUUUGACGAGAAGAGGUAUCCGUAUCACCUGAUGUUGAAGAAGUUUGUGGCUUUGGGAGGCCAGGCGACGUUCUUCAACACGUUUCGAUGGGCCCUCAGCGCUGGCGGGACCAUUCCCAUUGAAAAGGCGUUCGAAGACGGGCCGCUGCCUGAAGGAACCGCCGGUUUUCUGGACGCGUGGUUGAUGCUACUUGAAAAAAUGGUGAACCCGAAAGCUAUUCUUGAGUCUCCUCAUAUAAUAUCAAACCGGUCAUCGCAAAGCUCCACCUAUCGGGGCUAUAACUUCGAUCCGCUUAAAUACCUAAUCCAGAUUCAUAAAUUGGCGUUCGAGGCUGUGAUAUUGCUGUGGAACAAAGCGCCUCUCACCACUUACGGUACUCGCUUGUCCGAGAACAUUUUAACAGUUUUGCGCCACAUUUUGCGAGGUGAAAAAAUAAUCAAAGAGAAACUGAAAUCUGAGGAGAACAUGUCCACUGAUUUAAGUCGACCUAAAUCGUCGUCCGGGAAUUCGAGUCGUGAACCCGAAGUGAAUCCCGAUAGUUUGAGGCAGUUGAUGGAUAUGGGGUUCUCUCGCGAGCACGUGACUGACGCCUUACUCAAUACGUUAACAGUUGAACAAGCAACUGAUUAUUUACUGACAAAUCCACCUUCCCUAUACCGUAUUUCCCAGUCGUUCAUGAAUUCCGACGAGGACGACCAGAUGAUGCAAGCCAUAGCUAUUUCACUCGGAGUUUCGAACAAUCUACCGAGUGUGUCGAAAAAGCGACAAAUACAAGAUGAUGGAAAACCACUAGCUGAAAGUCUGAUUGACGAAUUUACCAAUCACGCUCUGGAGGCCUGUCUCAGACUGCUAGACAACACUCCGGAAUGCGUUCACAAAAUUUGCGAGUUACUUGUAACUAUUAUGAAACGUAACGGGCGCACGUUCCGUGAUAAUCUUCUCGAUACUUUAGUUAAGGAGAUUUAUGAGAAUGCUAAAAAUGUUUGCUACGCCCUAAAACAACCCGAAUGCGAGUUGCCAAGCGUUGCAAAAUUGCCAUGUGCGACACGUUUGGCGAAUUACUUACACUUGUAUAUCCUAUUCUUCGAGGUUUCGUCCUACUUUGAAAUGAAAAUCCCAUGUGCUUUGGCGGUACAUAAAAUUGAUUUGAUUAAUCUUCUCAUUAAGUUGAUUUGUAUGGCCGAGAAAGUGAUGAGUCGUUCCGAGAAAGUUACAGAACCGAAAUGGUUAGCAUCGUCAUUUCUUCUGAUCGAUGCUGCUUCGAAAGUUGCGACUUGCGCUCAUCGCAAACGAAAUAUGCACUUAAGCACAACACGGGUGUGGCGUUGGUUCCACUUAGAAACGGGUAAAUGGACGCCUUAUUCAAAUAGCAAUAAUAAAUUAAUUAACGAUGCCUAUUGGAACGGCGAGCAAAGCGUUAGAGUGAUUUGUGGCCGCAGACGCUACACUGUAACCUUCUCGAAUAUGCUACAGUUGAACGACGAGAGCGGCAAUAACCGCCCCAUUUGUAUGACUCUGAUCAAUUCCGGCUUGUCGAGUUGUUCUGACGUUUUCAUCGUCAACUUGGAAGAGUCCUUACGAGCGGAACUCACCGAAAAGGAAGACAAGAGAUGUCAAUAUGUGCGAAAUCUAGACAAGGCACAAGAAACUAAAAUCAUACGAGCUUGCGUCAAACUCAUGCACUUGACGAUCGAGAAAGACCUCUUGCACUCGAUCCUACAAAUUUGUAUCCGAUUGACCCGCGAUUUUGAACUGGCGAAAAUUUUCGUACAGGAAGGAGGCGUCAAGUGUUUAAUUGCAAUGAAACAAGUGAGAGAAUUCCCCAGUUUUGGUAUUCUAGCAACGAUUUUAAUCCGACAUACUUUGGAGGAACCCAACACACUAUCCUAUGCUAUAGAAAAAAUUAUCAGAGCUCGAACCCUAUCGACUAUACCUCCCUAUUACAAAGAACUACUCUAUCUUACUAGACAGAUAGGCGGCGCUGUGACUCGUUCCCCAGAAACGUUUUUCGAAGUUGCCAAAAACAUUCUGCGGGUCGACACCGACGUCAAUCGGGAAGACGUGGAUUCGCGGAUUCCGGUUAAAACCGAGCCGCCGACGCGAACCCGAGCGCCACCGUUGGAAGAAGUCGUUUCGAAUGAAGUCAUUUGCGACUUGUUGAACGCAUUGUUGAACCCGCUCGAGGUUGUCGAUGACACGCAGCCACAAACCUCGCCUCAAAACGCCCCUCCUGAGACUAGCAGCACUAAACCGAGCGAGAGUGUGACCGGCGAUAACAACGACUCAGGCUCGGAAACACCGGCCCAGGCUGAGGCUAACGCCGACGAUCAAAGCGAACCCAUACAAAGUAUGAAGAAAAUGAUGUUACCAAAGUCAGUGAUUUUGAAGAUUUUGGGUGACGCAGUCGUGUCCUACGGCCCUGUUGCUCGAAUCAUUACGGAGUAUACGUACAAGGCCGGGUCGAACGAGUGCAUUAAGGAGGAUUGCACAGCUUUGGCGUUCAUCCUAGACUACAUAUUGCCGGAAGCUGAUGAUUUGUCCGAUUCGGAUUGCGCGACAAUGUGUCGCAUGUUGAUCGCGGCGAUCGCAAGCUCGAACCACUCGCCUGAAGCGCAGUUCACUCUCGUGAGUGAGGUCCGAGCUGCGCUGCUCCGCGCCUUGGUGAUGCCCGAAUCCACCGAAAAACACAGUCAAGUGCAAUUAAUCGCGGGGAUUAUCUCCAUAAUGAUCGACAAUUGUCCGUCGUCGCAAGCCAGAGUCAAGUCGCAACCGCCGACUCCCCAAAUGAACAACAUAGUCCGCUUGAUGAUUCGCAAAUCGCUGUUCAACGACUUGGCCCGAGUGCCGCAUUUCCUCGACUUGUCCUCACCGAACACUCCGUUCACCGUCAAUGCUUGCUUGAAAUCACUUGAAGCCUUAUCGAGAAUUGUCAAUCAGCCGGUGCCGGCUAACGUGCAGAAAAGCCGAAAGAAUCAGCAGGCCACCGAUGAGAGUGCUGGCACUCAGAGUGGGACCUCGACCGAAGGGACAAACGCCCAAAGAGAGGUCGUAAUUGACGAUUCUGUCGUUAUUGAGGACUCGGAAAACACCGAACAUGAUAUAGCUGUUGUUACGUCGACUAUUGAAGUCGAAGCCAACGAGAACGAGAACGUGCUAGUGCACAUGAUUGACCAGCUGCUUGAGCAAGGGAAUGACAACAACCAAAGUUUUAGCGACGUUGCAUCGUCUAGAAACCAUACAAUGGACAUAGAUGAGGAUGGCAACUUGACUUUCGAACACGAACGAGAUGCGACUGAGGAGCUGAUGAGUACCGAUUCGGGUGAGUCGGAUUCGAACCCGUCUGAUCAAGUCGAAGACGAAGAAAACGAUGAUAAUGAAGGAGACGAUGAAAAUAUCGACGACGCUGACGAUACGAAUUACGACGACGAUGACGGUAGUGACAGAAGGCGAGCUUCGUACAUGGACCGCAACGAUGACGUAUUAAUGAUCCAAUACACCAAUCCGGGGGCCGAAAAUGAGGUGGUGACCCGGAUGGUGGCCUAUCCAAUGGGAGACCAUGCUGCCUUCCCCAUGCCUUUAUUUGAUGAAAUUAACAAUAGCAGUGACCACACAGGUCCCAUAGUCCACCCAUUGUUACUAUCUCGUACCGCAAAUGAAAGUAACUCAAAUACAGCGACACGCACCCAGCGUGUUACUAGGGCCCGCCGUUACCAAUAUUUGUUCAAUCCGCGAAACCCCAACCCUCCGGUCAUUUUGCAAAGAUUAUUAGGACCACACGAACCACAGGUCACUCUAGCUUCAGCUAAUAGUAUCUUGGGUGGUCCUCCUGAAAUGCGCGAAUCCGCAAGACUGGUAGUAAUGGAUAAUUUCGGUUUGUUGCCUUCGCACGAGGAACAAAUCGAUUUUGUUGACCAAUCAUCGGGUUAUCUUCUCGGCCCGAGUUUAGCUGCAACUUUAAAUCAUAUUUCGCCGGUGUUGCAUUGGUGGAACAUCGAGUCGAAAUGUUUAGACUACGAGUCGGUGUAUGAUGUUACGACGGAAGUAUGCAACAAAUUGAUACCGAUUUUGAUAAAACAACGAAAUGUUGAAAUCGUCGAGAAAAGAAAAUCGCAUGAUACUUUGAGACGGUUUAAAUUCUUUGAGGAUGACUACAUUAAACCGGCGGAGGACUCGACUGAGCCAAAUGCAACUGAUGGUACCGAUGAAGACAUUGAUGGCGUUCCGUUGGAAACCUCGUCGAACGAUGACCGUUCGGAGGCCAACAACCGGAUGGACUCAUCACCAUUUAUCGGAUUUGACAAUGGGACGGAACAAGUCCGGCGGAAUUCACGUCCGAGUAUCAGAUCUGACACUGUUAGACAUAACGAAGAAAAUAAUGAAGGUGGCGAUCGCAACGGCAGAUCCGUCAAUCCGUUUGAAAUUCCCACACUGUCACCCUACACACCACCUUCCCGUUUGCCGGUAAUAUUCUUCCCACCAAAUGUGCUGCACUCCCCAGACGCAGUCGAGCAAGCUUAUCAGGAAAACAACGAGGAAAAUAACGAGAGUGGUGACCGGAACGGCCGAUCUGUUAACCCGUUUGGAAUUUCAACAAUUGGGACGCUAUCACCCUACACGCCACCUUCUCGUCUGACGGACAUGUUCUCACCAAGCGUGCUACACCCUCCCGAGAUGGUCGAACACGCAGACCAGGAGAAUAACGAGGCACCUUUAACACGCGAAAACGAAGACGAGAACUACUGCUGUAACCGAAACCGGCCGACUUGCGACUCCGUCGGCGAUAUCUUCGAAGACAGCCUGAACCAACAAAUCAACUCACUCGCGAAUUCCGAACGCGACCCGAUCCCAACCGAGGAAGCCCCAACCACGAAUUCAAUUCAAGAAUCCGGUGAGAUAACCGCAAUGCCUCAGCAGCAAACCACGAGCGAACCUGGCCCCAGUUCGGACCAGACCGAGGAAAUUCCCGACGGUGUUGAUCCCUCGUUCUUGGAGGCUCUCCCUCCGGAUAUGCGCCAGGAGGUGUUGGAGCAACACCGCAUUUUGCGACUUCAGCAGCGUAUCGCCGCACGAACCGAAAACCCGGAAGCUGCAGCUGGGACUACGACCGAAGUGAGUCCCGAAUUUUUGGCAGCUUUGCCGCCUUCACUCCAAGAGGAGGUGCUAUCGCAACAGAGACUCGAACAGCAGAGACAGGCCGCAGCACAGGCCAAUCCGAACGAACCGGUCGACGCUGGCGCGUUCUUCGAGACCUUGCAGCCGUCAUUGCGAACGAUGAUUUUGUCCGACAUGGAGGACUCGCAAAUGAGUGCUCUGCCGCCGGACUUGGCGGCCGAAGCGCAGACUUUGCGCCGCGAUUGGGAGGCGAGGAAUCGCCAGUUGGUACAGGAGAGGAUUUUGCAGAGUAAUUUGACGAGUAUUAUACGACACUCGGCCAGGGCUAGACAACAGCCGUUGCAUCACUCGUCGGGACAUUUCCAUCGAGCGCAGUGGACGCACUGGAAUAGGGAGUUCAUGAAUAAUUCGGCAACGCCGACACCGCCUUUGAAAAUUCGAGGAAGGCAGUUGUUAGACCACGAGGGACUUUCGUGUCUUCUGGUGCUAUUGUUCACGGAUGAUCCACACUUGGGCAAAUUGAGACUGCACCGAGUUAUCAGGAAUUUGUGUUACCACGCACCGACACGUGAAUGGAUUGUUAACGCACUUUUGUCGAUUAUUGAUAAGAGCGUCCAUGUGAAGCCCGAUGAGAGUUUGAAUAAACCGGCUCGGAAAAUGCCAAAACCUGGACCUUUGUCUAGCAAAUUGAUGACCGACUCGAAAUUGCUGCAAAACAAUGGGAACUGGUUAAACAUCCGGAUGGAAGCAGCACUUGGAUGCUCCGCAAAUGUUUUCAUCAUUAAUAGGUCCAGCACUGGGAAGAGAAGCGACAGAUCGGCGGCGUCAAGCAUCAGUAUCCAUCCUCAGGCUGCUCCAAUUGUGUGUAGAAACGCCCUCGAUUUGUUCACUUCGUUGGCUAAAGCUUUCCCUUCGUGCUUGCUUCCCCUCAAGUGCAUUCGAGAUGACCGAGAAGAUAAAAACAACUUGUCGCCAGUUCGAGUCAAGUCGGAGUCGUUUGGCGAUUUCUGGGAGAUUUUGCUCAGAUUGGAUUCCGCUAGUACAAAGAAAGGAAAAAGUAUUCCUAAGAGUAGUAGCAGUAAUACUGCGGUUGAACCCGAUAAUAAAGUUAUUACUUUCGAACAGUCGGUAUUUGGUCAGUUGCUGAAUAUGUUGGCUUCGCCGGUUGUGAAUAGAAAUACGCAACUCACAGAUAAUUUAUUGAGGUUACUAUCUGUGAUAACUUCAGGUAUGCCCGAAUUAGCCAAACCUCCUACCGUUCCAAUUAAGGCUACUAAGAACAAACUCAAAGAAAACACAACACCCACCAAUGCACUGCACCUUGCUGUUAACGUAAUCACGUACAAAAACUGUUCCGAGGAAGGGCUUGAAUUUAUCACAAACUUGCUCCUGAACCUAGCGAGUUCCACACUUGAAAUGAGCUACAUGAUCUUGAAUCUGUUGUUGAGUGGCGCUGUGCGCAUCGGCGAGAUAGUACGCGAACAAAUAAACAACAUGUUAAUUGAGUUGAAAGAAUACAACGCGCAGAAGCGCAAAGUAACGAAUAACGACGAGCUGGGUCCUUCCACUUCAAAAGGGACAAUUGCAGACAGGUUUACCAAAGAAACUGUGAUCAUCACCGCAUCUACCAAAGUAAAGGCUUCAUGCGAGCUCCAAUUACCUUCCAUGGUGCCUUUAACUUCGAAAUCUUCAAGUCAACUAUUUUUCUUGAGGGUAUUACGCGUCAUCGUGCAAAUACGCAACUCCUUCAAACAGAACGUAAAACGAGCCGACGCUUCAUGGUGUUACGAUAUUCCCGCACUAAGCGAACAACUAAGCAGCAUUGAUAGUCUUUGGGAAACAUUAAGCCAGUGCCUUUCCGAAUUGGAGCAUACUCCAGAUCACCAUGCCGUCCUUGUAUUGCAGCCCGCUGUGGAGGCUUUCUUCCUCGUUCAUUCCCCCCAGCAGGGCCCUUCAAAGAAACAGCAAGACACCGAGCCGAGUUCUUCCCAAGCCCCCGAAAGUCGUACGACAACGUCAGCCGAGUCCGGCGAUCUGCCACCGGCACCCUCGACCGAAAACAAGUUCGUCAACCCGGAAACUGAACUGCAUACGGCCGAAAGUACCUCAAAAACUGUACCCCCCGAACAACAGAAGUUCCUGAGUUUUGCUGAGAAGCACCGACGCGUCUUGAACCAGAUCCUGAGGCAGAGCACGUCGCAUUUGGCCGAUGGGCCGUUCGCUGUGCUGGUGGACCACACGCGAAUUCUUGAUUUUGAUAUCAAGCGCAGGUAUUUCCGGUCCGAAUUGGAGCGGAUGGAUCAGGGCAUACGACGAGAAGAGACGGCGGUUCAUGUGCGCAGAAGCAACAUUUUCGAAGACUCGUUCAGGGAGUUGUACAGACGCACUCCCGAAGAGUGGAAAAAUCGGUUCUAUAUCGUUUUUGAAGACGAAGAGGGACAAGAUGCCGGCGGUUUGUUACGAGAGUGGUACGUGAUCAUAUCACGGGACAUUUUUAAUCCAAUGUAUGCCUUGUUCACUGUCUCACCCGGUGAUAGAGUCACUUAUAUGAUCAAUUCGGCUAGCCAUUACAAUCCCAAUCAUCUCUGCUACUAUAAGUUCGUUGGGAGAGUUAUCGCUAAAGCCAUUUAUGACAAUAAACUACUUGAGUGUUAUUUUACACGAUCAUUUUACAAGCACAUUUUGGGAAUUCCGGUGAAAUACACAGACAUGGAAAGCGAAGAUUACAGUUUUUAUAGGGGCUUAGUCUAUUUAAUGGAAAAUAAUAUUAAUAACUUAGGACUUGACUUAACAUUUAGCACUGAAAUCAACGAGUUCGGAGUUACUGAAACCAGGGACUUGAUUGUUAACGGGCGACAUGUCCCAGUUACCGAAGAGACGAAAAUGGAAUACAUACGACUCUCGUGUCAGAUGAAGAUGACGGGGGCCAUCAAGCAACAACUGAACGCAUUCCUGGACGGAUUCUAUGACAUUAUUCCUAUGCGCCUAAUUUCCAUAUUUAAUGAACAAGAACUUGAAUUGCUUAUUUCCGGAUUACCAAAUGUAGAUAUAGACGACUUGAAAGCCAACACUGAGUACCAUAAGUACCAAGCAAAUUCUCUUCAGAUUCAAUGGUUUUGGCGCGCGUUGCGGUCGUUUGACCAGGCAGAUCGGGCGAAGUUCCUCCAGUUCGUGACCGGGACGUCAAAGGUUCCAUUACAAGGAUUUGCAGCACUUGAGGGAAUGAACGGUGUACAAAAGUUCCAAAUUCAUAGGGACGAUCGUUCAACUGAUAGGUUACCAUCGGCACAUACUUGCUUCAAUCAACUGGAUCUUCCCGUGUACGAAACUUACGACAAGUUGCGCUCGUACCUGUUGAAGGCUAUUCAUGAGUGUUCUGAAGGCUUCGGCUUUGCUUGAAUAAUUAUUUAUAUUUAAGACUGAUAAAAGUGUUAAUUUUUGUUAAUAUCAAAGUAGGUAGUCACUAUGUAAAUAAGAUAUAUCUACUACUGUACAAAAGGACUCAUUGUAAUAUAAAAAAAAGAUUGUUUUCAUUUUGAUAUGAACAGAAGUUGAGUUAUAAGUAUGUGUACUUCAAUUGCAUUAAACAUGUAUAAAUUUAAUUCGAAGUGACAUUGUAUUUUUGUAAAGGGCCUCUGCGGCAAUUGAGCGUGAUAGAAUGAAUUUGAUUCGCAUGUCAGAUUCACUCCUUCUUAUUGAUUAAUAUUAUUUUAAGUAUUCAAUUGUUAAUAAUUUCUUAGGAUUUAAUAUCGUUUAUUUUGUACAAGUUUCGUUUCUGGUUUACUUUUUUUACAUUUUAAAUGUUGUAGUAAUCCAGUUUUCUCAUAUUUAAUAAAUUUUUCUUAACAUC